AUGUCUUCGCAGCCCUUUCUUCCACUCUCUUCUCCUCCAGGCUCGCCUUCGCCCGUAUUGCGCCCGCGGCGACCGAGUCUAGAACUCGAGCGCGAAAUCCUCUCCACUAGAGGCCAGCGUCUAGUGAACUUUUUGCCGUCGCGCACGUCAAGCCUUGCUUUGCAUGAUCUCGAUGACGAUGUAUCUGAGAGACGGCUCUUCCUGCGACGGGGAUCUAUGCUGAUUGGACACAGUAAUCCACGUUAUGAAUGGCAGCGAUACUAUAGAUCGCCCGAGUCAUUGAAGGACCUCCCCAAGAAGAUUCGGGAAUACUACGAGCGCACGAAUUCCUUGAUCUCCCAAUAUCUUUACAUCGACCGACUGCUGGACUCGUCUCUCCCCCACAAUUUGAUCGAAGAAUACAAUGGGUGUCACCAUCAUGAUCCCGCAGGAAAUGGCUUCCAUCAACCGCCCCCAGACGGAAAUGAAGUCGAGGCAGCCAACCCCAAGACCGGAAAGAUAAAGCGCACCCCGCAUAAUCUGUAUCGGGUUCCCGAUGAGACGACUCCUUUGGUCGCCUCGGAAGAAAACAGCCCGGAAGGCUCAUUGCCUGAUUUUAAAUCACACGGAGGCAUGUCACCAGAGGCCGAGGAGCGUGUCAUCAACUGGGCCAUUCGUAUCAACUUCGCUGCCAAUGUCGCUCUCCUCGUUUCCAAGAUCGCUAUCAUGGCAAUGACCAGCUCCAUGUCCAUGCUAGCCGGUCUUGUCGACGGAGUUUUGGACUUUUUCAGUACUGUUAUUGUCUGGGUGACCAGCAUCAUGAUCCGCCGACAAGAUCGCAACCGAUUCCCGAUCACCCGGCGACGCCUGGAACCUGUCAGUGUGCUAAUCUUCUCAGUGAUCAUGGUCACCUCCUUCUUCCAAGUGGGACUAUCAUCUGUGAAGCAGCUACUUGGAGAUGAUCAUACCGUUGUCGAGCUCACAAUUCCAUCGCUUGCGCUCAUGGCUGGCACUGUGAUUGUGAAAUUGCUCUGCUGGAUCUGGUGUCGCUUGAUCCCGAGCCCCAGUGUCCAGGUGCUGGCCCAAGACGCCAUGACAGAUGUCAUCUUUAACAUCUUCAGUAUCAUAUUCCCGCUGAUUGGCACGUUUGCAAACCUUUGGUUCUUGGAUCCCCUGGGUGGUCUUUUCCUCUCCAUCUACAUCAUGUGGAACUGGGGCCAGACAGCCGGAGAAUACAUCGGACGAUUCACCGGCGCGGCUGCCUCGCCCGACGACCAUAGCAUCCUGCUCUACAUGACGAUGCGGUUCUCCCGAGUAAUUCUGAAGAUUCAGGAUCUGAAAGCUUACUAUGCCAGUGAUAAGCUUAAUGUCGAGGUUGACCUUGUCGUAGACGACAGCAUGAGCUUGCGGGACAGUCACGAUGUUGGCGAAAGCUUGCAGUACAUCAUUGAGAGUGUCCCGACUGUUGAUCGUGCUUUCGUGCAUCUAGACUAUGACCCCUGGAACCUACCUAGUCAUAUGAACCAGAUGGACCGCUGA